ACACCUUUAAAUGAGAAAUACAUCACAGCAGUAUCACACUUGUGCUGUGGAUACAUUCACUUUAAACAGUGUUAGUUUCAGGUAUGGCCGAUAAACCCUCAAUCAGGUUGGACUGGAUUUAUUGAUGAUUUUUUAAAGCUUUUUCUCAUUUUUCUUGGCAUUUCCUGUUUCUCGUAUGUCUUAGAGCUUCCCGGCAUUACACGGACACCGGUGGUGAUCAGGGAUGAACUGGUCUGGACUAGAGUCUUUAAUCAGCGGGGUCAAUAAAUACUCCACGGUGUUUGGCCGUGUGUGGCUGUCCGUGGUGUUUGUGUUUCGCGUGAUGGUUUUCGUGGUGGCGGCCCAGCGCGUUUGGGGCGACGAGAGCAAAGAAUUUGUGUGCAACACCAAGCAGCCAGGCUGCAAUAAUGUCUGUUAUGACCAUACCUUCCCCAUAUCUCACAUCCGUCUGUGGGCUUUGCAGCUCAUCUUCGUCACAUGCCCGUCGCUCCUGGUUGUAGCCCACGUCAAAUACAGAGAGGAAAAGGACAAAAAAUAUUUGACCGACCACAAAGGCACCCACUUGUAUGCCAACCCAGGGAAAAAACGUGGGGGUCUUUGGUGGACCUACCUUCUGAGUUUGGUCAUCAAAAUAUUGGUAGAUGUCACAUUUCUAUAUAUUCUUCAUUACAUAUAUAAAGGCUACGACCUUCCCCGCCUUGUUAAGUGCUCGCUGGACCCGUGUCCUAAUACGGUGGAUUGCUUCAUUUCCCGGCCUACGGAGAAGAAGAUCUUUAUGCAGUUUAUGGUGAUCUCCUCUGUGAUCUGCAUCCUCAUGUGCAUCUGUGAAAUGGUUUAUCUCAUCGGAAAGCGAAUAGUGAAAAAUUGUACGAAGCCCCAAGAACGUCCAGAGCGUUGUAAGCGAGUUGACCCCACGAGAUCCAGCAACCAAAGCUUGAGUUCACGGAAAUCAAAGGAGACCAAAUUAGACAAAAUUGCCAUUUAAUGACAAAACCUUCAAACCUUUCAGACUCUUUAUAAAACUAAGCUUAUUUUCUCCGCCAUUCACAUUCAGAUGAAACAAAAAAAUCUUUAUAGGGGUUAAAACCCUCAAAUCUCAUUUUACAUUCAAAUACAUCUUUAUUAAUAUAUAAUUUAGAUCUUUCUAUUGUAAGGUCUUAAAUCUUAUCUUCAUUCACAUGUAGAAUGAAAUCUAUCAAAAUGCUUCACUUUAUAAAUGUUCCGCCCCACUUUUGUAAUUUAAUACAAAACGUAUCGGGGCGGUUUCCAGUUUAAUGUGGUAUUUGUAACUGUGACUGUAUAUGUCAUGUUUAUUAUUUGUUGUUUUUGUUUCCAUUUGUACAUGUUGUGUACGUAACAAUCAAACGUUCAUUUACUUGUAGGUGUUGCCUUUGUUUUCUGGAGUCAACAUGAGAUGAGAAAGAAAUGUAUUUUGCACAUUAUAAACGUAAGAAAACGAUGAUGUCAUAUCAGGCUUGUACAGCUUUCUGUAUGAUAUCCGUCAUGCUCUCGUUCAUUCAGUUUUCAGUUCAUUUUGCACUUCGUUUGUACCCUGAAUGCACUUAAAAACAAAAUCUUUAGCACCCUAUGCCCAGUGCACUUUAAUUUACAUGUUACAUAAGAAACACAUUUUUCCUUCAGCAUCCAAUGAUCACAUCCCUCCUACACACACAUCUGUAUCACACCACAGUCAAGCACUAAAAAUGGAUUUACUACCAUCGUUCAACCAUGAGAAAUAAACUCGUUUUCAUCCAACAAAUCAUUGAAAGAGAUGAACCUGAAAAAAUUCAAAGCAUCGACACGUUAGCCUGCAUAUCGUCUCUUCAAACCUUCAGCGGGUUGACCAGAAACAGCACAUGUCCUAAUGUAUGAUUCACUCACUUCUGCGCUGCUCCUCCUACACAUGUGCCCUGGCUUCAUCUCAACCACACACUGCAAACAAUCCAUCCCACUCACAGACUCACACUCACAACCACACACACUUUUCUGAAAUACCACAUAUCAACCAAAGCUUGAGUUCACGAAAAUCAAAGGAGACCAAACAUGACAAAACCGUCAUUUAAUGACAACAUCUUGCAACCUUUUGGACUUAAAAAGAAGAAUCUCCAACAUUCAUAUACAGAGGAUACAAAAAUGAAGGACAAAACAUAACCAAAAAAAAGCUUGCUUUACAAUCGUUUAAUCUUUGUAAGGGGUUAGAAAUGUAAAUUGUCAAGACCACUUAUAAAUGUUCCGACCCACUUUUGUAAUUUAAUAAAAAAUAUCAAACUCACUGUUUACUCAACAAUGUGAUUGGACGUUUUUAUUUAUAAGAUAGCUAGACUUACACUCACCUAAAGGAUUAUUAGGAACACCUGUUCAAUUUCUCAUUAAUGCAAUUAUGGUGGUGGUGUAAUGGUGUGGGGGAUGUUUUCUUGGCACACUUUAGGCCCCUUAGUGCCAACUGGGCAUCGUUUAAAUGCCACGGCCUACCUGAGCAUUGUUUCUGACCAUGUCCAUCCCUUUAUGACCACCAUGUACCCAUCCUCUGAUGGCUACUCCCAGCAGGAUAAUGCACCAUGUCACAAAGCUCAAAUCAUUUUAAAUUGGUUUCUUGAACGUGACAAUGAGUUCACUGUACUAAAAUGGCCCCCACAGUCACCAGAUCUCAACCCAAUAGAGCAUCUUUGGGAUGUGGUGGAACAGGGGCUUUGGGCAUCCCAUACAUCUCCAUCAACUGCAAGAUGCUAUCCUAUCAAUAUGGGCCAACAUUUCUAAAGAAUGCUUUCAGCACCUUGUUGAAUCAAUGCCACGUACAAUAAAGUUCUGAAGGCGAAAGGGGGUCAAAAACAGUAUUAGUAUGGUGUUCCUAAUAAUCCUUUAGGUGAGUGUAUAACUUGAAUUGUAUCAGUUUAGUUUACAUUUUCAAAAGUAAUUUUAAAUGUAAAUUUAAAGAAUUGAUGUAAAAAAAAAUGACUAAGAAACAUUACAGAUAAAAUUGUGAUCACGGCAUGACAUUUUUACCAUGAAGUUAUGCAAAUGUUAUUCCUGAAUCUUUUAAUAGUUCGCUAAGAAUAACCUUUUUAAGAACAUUUAGCAAUGACGGGAGUGUUGAAAAAAUACUCUUUAAACCUUCCUGCAGAAUUAUUUUGCAACUUAAGACUGAAUGUUGAACCUUUUGAGCCAAACUUCUGGGAACAUCUGAACACAUUAUAGUUUGCAGCGGGAUGCUGACAUCAUUGCGUCAAACCUUGUGACCAUUCCAUUUAGAUAACACAAAAUAUAUUUUUAAGGAAGUUGGUAACCCAACAACAACGAUACCCAUUCACUUCUACGGUAUGGGCACAAAGUCAAUGGGUACCGGCGUUAUAAAUAUUUUCUUUUGUGUUCUGCAGAAGUGAGUAAAAGAUGACAGAAUUUUAGUUUUUGGGUGAACUUUCCCUUUCAGCCAAACCUGAAACAUUCAGGUUGCACUGCAGGAACAACAGUGACGUUGCUGAUGCUCAUUGUGUUUAACAGAUGGGGAACAAAACGAUGACAAUCUAGGUUACCUACUGCGAUGGGCGGCAACAGAAUCCUAUGCGCCAGAAUAUAGUGUAAGUGGACACUCGACCCACUUAUGUAUUAACCUGGCACACAAUGCUUUCGGUUUGGCCUCGUUUACACUGAACUAAUUAAGUUACCCAAAAAUAGCCCCUUUGGCCUCGACAACGCCACCAGAAUUUCUCCUUCACUCCACUCUCAAACAA